CUGUUUGCAUUUUGUCUCGCUCAGUCGGAGGCGGAGGAGGCUGAGUGGAAAAUGGCCGACGGUGUGGAUCACAUCGAUAUUUACGCGGAUGUUGAAGAGGAGUUCAAUCAGGGUGAGGAUUACCCAGUGCACGACCAGAUAGACUUGUACGAUGACGUAAUCUCUCCGUCUGCCAACAAUGGAGAUGCCCCAGAGGACCGGGACUACCUGGACAAUUUGCCCCAGCCUGUGGGCUCGGAGGGGGGCAAGGGCCCUUCAUCUAACGUGGUCUACACAUACACGGGCAAGAGGAUUGCCCUGUACAUUGGAAACCUCACAUGGUGGACGACAGAUGAAGAUUUGUCAGAUGCCAUUCGGUCGAUAGGUAUUAAUGACGUGCUUGAGAUCAAGUUCUUUGAGAACCGCGCCAAUGGCCAGUCGAAAGGGUUUGCGCUGGUGUGUGUUGGUUCUGAUGCUUCUUCCAGAAAGCUACUGGACCUGCUGUCUAAGCGCGAACUUCACGGGCAGAACCCCAUCGUCACACCGUGCAACAAACAGUCCCUCAGCCAGUUUGAGAUGCAAUCCCGGAAAAGCACACAAUCAGGUCAAAUGUCUGGCGAGGGUAAAGCUGGCCCGCCUGGUAUCGGCCGCGGCGGCUUCCCCAUGGGCGAGGCGACUUCCCGGCCCCCAGGUCCAGGAGGAGAUCGUUUCCCCGGCCCAGUUGGACCCGGAGGCCCUCCACCCUUCCCAGGGCCCGGGGCCAUAACCCAUAGGCACCCCAACAGCCAGCUGAUGGAUAUGAAUUUCAAUUGCUUCCAGCCGGGCCGCGAUGGGAGCUGGCGACCCAGAGGAGGCAUGCAGGGACCGCCCCGCCCUCCACCUGGCCCCCCUGGCCCCCCCCGGCCCCCCGGGCCCCCACCUCCGGGACAGGGUCUGCCCCCACCCCUCUCUGGGCCCCCUAACAGAGGCGAUCGCCCCCCUCCCCCAGUCAUGUUCCCAGGCCAGUUUGGCCAGCCCCCCAUGGGACCCCUCCCCCCAGGUCCUCCCCCACCUGGCUACGGCCCUCCUCCCGGCCCCCCUCCCCCCCAGCAAGGCCCUCCUCCCCCAGGUCCCUUCCCUCCACGCCCCCCUGGUCCCAUAGGCCCCCCCAUGGCCCUGGCACCCCCUCCACACAUGCAGGGCCCCCCUGGUGGGCCCCCCCCUGCCCCCCACGUCAACCCCGCCUUCUUUCCCCCGCCAGGCAACAGCAACAUGCCCUCGUCGGACAGCAGAGGCCCUCCUCCAAACGACCCCUACGGCCGGCCGCCUCCUUACGACCGAGGAGACUACGGCCCUGGUGGCAGCAACCCGAGACCCCCGCUAAUCCCAGACUUUGGGCUCCGGCCCCUGAGAGAGCCCUGGGUUAACGAGGGCGGUAUGGCUGAUCUGAAACAGGGCGGCAGGCAUUUGCCCCCCAGUGCCAGUGACGCAGGGGAGAUGGAUUCGGCACGGACCCCGCUGAGCGAAGCAGAGUUUGAGGAGAUCAUGAACCGUAACAGGGCCAUUUCCAGCAGCGCUAUCUCACGUGCGGUGUCUGACGCAAGUGCUGCGGACUAUGGGAGUGCGAUAGAGACGUUGGUGACUGCCAUCUCUCUGAUCAAGCAGUCGAAAGUGUCUGCUGACGAUCGCUGUAAAGUCCUCAUCAGCUCGCUACAGGACUGCCUGCACGGCAUCGAGUCCAAGUCCUACGGCUCUGCGUCGAGACGGGAGCGCUCUCGUGAACGUGACCACAGCCGGUCGCGAGAGAAGAGUCGCCGACACAAGUCGCGAAGCCGUGACCGCCACGAGGACUACUACCGGGAACGUAGCCGCGAGCGGGAUCGCCACCGCGAGAGGGACCGAGACCGCGAGAGAGAUCGAGACCGCGAGAGGGAGUACCGGCACCGCUAGAUGGCCAGUGAAGCUGUCGGAAGAGGAGGAGUCACGCCUGGAUAAGCACCCAUCCACCCGCCCGUCUCGCCAGGACCUUACUGCUACCCAGCGACCCUCAUCUACCUACCCUUCCCUCGCCCUCUCUCUUUCUCUCUCUUCUACCAACUUUGCGUCAGAGGAUGGGACUGACAUUGUUGUGUAAGGCUACAUUAGAGGUGUACAGAAACAAAAAGACCCUUCAUCCUAUACUCAUGGUUUAAAAACAAAAAAAAACAACAAAAAAAACAUGCCUCUUUUUUUUAUUUUUUUGUUUUAUUUGAAAGACAUACAAAGACAGACCUAUCAUACCUGUGUAAUUAAAAGAAAUCUCUGCUUUGCAUCGUAAAAUCCACUAAGGAAUAAAAACUUUGCGUGCGUUCCCCUAAACGAUAAAACAUUUUGACCGCUAUAAUGUAUAAACUGUCUGUCUAGGGAUAUUGUUUUUAUAGGGACUACUUCUGGUAAGCGUCUUUAUUUUUUUUCUCUUAAUGACUCCUUCCCCUCCUUGUCUGUCUCAUGGUUCGGAUAAUGUUUGUAAAUGUCUAUGCUUUGAUUGAUUAUUAAAUAGAUUCUGUGUUGUAAUAAACUGUUUGCUGGGGUUGCCAAUUGCUUAUACUCUUGAGUUCCUUAAGCUGACGUCUCACACCUAGUAUAUAUGAAAUGUGCCUUGAUGGGUCAAUGUCAUAUUACUGGUCAUUUGAAGACAGUGCAAUGCAGAGAAGUUUCUGUCUUGUUUUAUACAGAAGUAAUCUUAAAACUUAAAAGAACGUUUUAGGUGUUUAUUUUCAGACUACAGGCCACCGUGUGAUUUUUUUUAAAAUUUUUUUAUUUUUUUUUUUUAACAAAUAUUAAGGUGUACACUAAAUUGGGUAAACUAUGCUGUUAAAUGUCACUGGUCGCUGGCAAGAGACUUAUAGUCCCGCUGCCUGACUAAUUAACGUCAGGCUUGUGUUCCAGCAAUGGUAGAGAUGUCACUCCUUGGAGUAUAACUGCCACAGAAAACAAAAAUGUGUACAUUGAAGUGAUACUACUACCAGUAAGAUAUGUGGACUUGUACUCCAUGUAUACUGACUGUCACAUUGUUUGGCAAAAAAAAUCAGUUACUGAUUGUGCCUUGAAGAGCAUUGACAUGUAAUUUUUUUAUUGUGUACUAUAUUACUGAUGGUUGAGUCGCGUAGAUGUACAUAGUGAACUUAGUGUAGUUAGUAGGAUUUUAAAAAGUGGUAACAAAUGUUUACAUGAUCAGUGCUUUAAUAGACACUCCCAUUUCAUUCGUGUUUUUAUUGUUUUGUUUUUUUGUUUCUUUUUUGUUUGUUUGUUGACCAAAUUAAAUGUAGAACCGUUGGUACAGUAGAGUAAAAGUAAAUGCACGCUCAUGUCAAAUGACACUCCUCUAGUCAAGUUGUUGUUGUUGAGCAACAAAUUGACCAGUUCAUCUGGCCUCUUACCUUCAUUGCGGUGAUACCAAUCUGAAAUAUCUUGACAGAACUAAUGAAUGGUUAUGGAGUUUGUAAUUUUCUAAAUUACACUGAUGAUAUUUUGAAAGAGUCCAUAUGCACAUUUUCCUGACAUUUUAUCAGACAAAACACUGUGACCUGAAAUAUUUUGCACCUAAUACAUGCAGUGUAGUUUUAAAACCAAUUUGCUUAAUAGGCAUUGUGAUGAUGUUAAUUGGCUUGGCUUUGAAUUUGUUGUUGAUCUCAAUUUAAAUGACUAGUUCCAUUUUCUCAGAUGUGUUGACUCAAAUUCAAGUUUAAUUGCACUGAUAUUGUUUUUCUGUUUUUGGGAACGUAUUACACCACUCUAGUCGAAUUAUAUAAUACCCCUCAGGGAAUGUGGUUUAUUUUUUAACAGAUUUUAAAUGAAAAUGUGAAUUUCUAGGCUCAAAAGUAGGGCAAACAUACUUUCAUGCUAUUCGUGUGGAUAUGUGGAGACUAUAUUACCCAGGCACUGUAUGUGGAAUGAGGACCUUUUGCAGUAUUUUACAUGCAGGUAAAUUGAGUGGCCAUCUAAACGUACAUUUUUGAAUACUGGUACCAUUCUUCUAUGAUUUGUCACAUCUCAACCUUAUCCUUCCCUCUUUUUAAGUCAUAAUUUCUUACUUUGUUAACAACAAGGGAUCAGUUUUCAACAAAAAAGUUUGCACACAGUUCAAAUACGUAUUUGUCUGUAUCAAUACACAUAACAUAUAGUCACUGUGUAGGAAUUUAUAAGCCUUGUUUUGGCUAGCUGUGUUGUAGCAGGCUUGUAUUCAAGUGUCUGAUUCAGACCAGUGAUCUACUGAAUCGUGUUUUAUUUUACUGACCUGUUCCCAAUUAUGCAAAAAUGCAUUUUAGACACACACACACUCUCUAUCAGGGAUUAUAUUAGGCCCUGGUUACAUUUCAUUUAUGCAUUUGAAUGUGGUUGUUUUGUACUGUUUUUUUCCAGAUCUGUACAGUAUUUAAAGGAUAGAUCUUUUUUCGUAAGACAUUGUCAUGUUUUGGGUGUUCUUAAUAAAGUAGUGUGCCACAGUGUUUCACUUGCACUAUAGCUUGGUGUUAGCGCUAUAGCGAUUUUUCCAAUUUGAUUGAUCAAGAUUCAAAGCCCUGUAGAGAAUAUAGACGAUUCCAGCACUGAUCUCACACUCCUCUGGCUAAACUUUAUUUAGGGUUAGCUAGUGUCUGGGGAGGCAGUUAUGGUUCCUUUUGAAAUCUAUGUUGUAAGUUUAUCAACAGCUGGUCUGUUUUAUUAGUAUGUGUUUUAUUAGUAAGUUUUGAAAAUGGACAUGGUCAACAGUGUUGCUAAUAUUUUACGCCUCUGGUAAGUUGGACAUAUUUUUGCCAUAUAAAUUAUUUUAAUAGUUCCUAUGUGUACACAGUUGUGCUAUAUAGUUUCUAUUUUUACUAUAUAUAUUUAAUUGUUUAGGAACUGUUAUCUGACAUGUGAAGUAGCCUUGUAGAUGCAACAUUAGUUUAAAUGUAAAAAGUAAUGUCAGGGAUGUAUAUUUUUUAAGUAUUGCUUUUAUACCCCUUGACUCCAGCUUCUCAGCUUUUGAGAGAUCCAGGUAAGUAGCCAUGCAGAUCAUCAGUACGAGGGGAUCCAAGAUGUUGGUGGGUAUAGACCUAUUUGGCCUAUUUACUGUACAUGGUUUCAGCCUGGCCUUAGACUAAUAACAUUUCAAUGAGAAUCUCUAUAGGAAAGCUUUCAGUUUAGAAGUGGACUUAAUCCAUGUAUGAGAAACUGCCUGAUUGAGACUAAGUGUUAAUUCUGUGCAGAAUGUUCGCUUCUGGGGCAUCAGCCUGUCUGAUAUCACCAUUAAAUCAGUUUUAUCCAAUCAGGCUACUAUGGAAGUGGUGUCUUUAUGGACACUUAAAAUUGAGCUACUGAUUAUGAAAUUAUGUGCAUUUUCUUUAUUUCCCUACACAGUUUAUAAGGGUUUUUAGGGGCUAAACUGACAAAUUUGACAAGAUUGGAUAUUGAGAGCUUGAACAUCCUGAUUUAUAAGUAAUUCUCUUUUUGUAGAUAUAAAAUGGAUUGUUCAAAAAGAUGGUUAAAUCAUAGAAUAUAUUUUGCUUCAGAGUAUCUUUGUCCAGAAUUUCAGUCUCAAAAUAAAAACCUUUGAUGAACUCA